CCAUCAGUUAGAAAACCUUCCACCUUGAGAAUUUCUCAGCCAAGAAAACAAAAAAAAGGUAUCAAUUUGCUUAAAACCCAUUUGUUAAGACCCAGAUUCUUGUUGUUAUCAUAUUAUAUUAUGAAGGCAAUUCCGUGGCCAACCAUAGGGGUGGUGAUUUCUUGGUACAGUUCCAACAUUGGUGUUCUCCUUCUGAACAAGUACUUGCUAAGCAACUAUGGUUUCAAGUACCCUGUUUUCCUCACCAUGUGUCACAUGAUGAUGUGUUCUCUUCUCAGCUUCAUUGCCAUUUCAAUAAUGCAAGUUGUCCCUUUGCAGAACAUACAAUCAAGGAGACAGUUUGCCAAGAUUUGUUUCCUUAGCCUUGUUUUCUGCUUCUCUGUCGUCUGUGGAAACAUAUCGCUUAACUACAUUCCAGUGUCCUUUAACCAGGCCAUCGGCGCCACCACGCCGUUCUUCACUGCCGUUUUCGCCUAUUUCAUGACCAGCAAAAGAGAGGCUUGGGUUACAUAUUGUACCCUGUUGCCUGUUGUUGGAGGAGUCAUCAUAGCUACUGGGGGUGAACGAAGUUUCCAUCUGUUUGGGUUUUUGAUUUGUGUUUCAUCAACUGCUGCCAGAGCAUUCAAAUCGGUGCUUCAAUCUAUUUUAUUGUCCUCAGAGGGGGAAAAGUUGAAUUCUAUGAAUCUUCUACUUUACAUGGCACCUAUAGCAAUGUUGGUGUUGUUUCCAGCAACAUUACUGAUGGAGAAAAAUGUGAUUGGGACCACAGUGGAUCUUGCAAGAAAUGAUAUCAGAAUUGUAUGGUAUCUGCUGUUCAGUUCCUCUCUUGCAUAUUUUGUGAACUUGACCAAUUUUUUGGUCACAAAACAUACAAGUGCACUCACCCUUCAGGUUCUAGGAAAUGCAAAGGGGGCAGUUGCAGUGGUUGUCUCAAUUCUGAUAUUCAAGAAUCCAAUUUCAGUUAUAGGAAUGAUGGGCUAUGCACUCACAGUCACGGGAGUCAUUCUGUACAGUGAAACCAAGAAGAGGUAUAGCUGAAAUUUUGAAAAAGAAAAAAAAAUUAAACACAAUUACCAAUCAAACACGUACAUAAUACACCAUACAAGCGAAAGGACCAUUGCAGAAUAUGAACUUUCAGCAAUUGUGUUGUGUUAAUAGGAAAAGGAAAAUUUCACCUAUUUCUUUUUCUAAUUAUUUAUUUUAGCAUGUAUGUACGUGUCCGCAGAGCAAGACUUGGAGGUCAUUAUACUUCUUACAUUUGUUACCUACACGAUAUUCACAAGAAUGUAGCACCAAAAACAAUGAAUGAAUACCCGAAUUAGAUUCCUACAUACUUUCAUAUUUUGAGAGAUGAUGUUUCUUUCGUGUUCUUCUAUCUAGCAAAUUUUAA